AUGUUGAUAUCAAGCCGAGCCUUAUGCCAUGCACUUCUGGCAGGCUUUGCGAUAGCCAAUCUAUCCUCAGCCGCUGACGUUAGGGAUGUUGACGCCAGCUCCCCAGCUUCCACCCCCCGAAUUGGCCAACUCGAAAUGGGCAGUGCUGCAGCAGGUCACGCGCCCAAUGGUGACACACUGAAUGUCACUAGUGAAUCUUUGGUGCUUAACAAGAAACCAUGGCUUCCUGUUAUGGGCGAAUUUCAUUACUCUCGCUAUCCUGCUGACCAAUGGCUACCUGAGUUGCGGAAGAUGAAGGGAGCAGGAGUCAACAUUGUCUCAACUUAUGUCAUCUGGAUCCAUCAUGAGGAGAUCCAGGGCCAGAUCGACUGGUCCGGCAGUUGCAAUAUCACCCGGUUUGUUGAAGCUGCCGCUGAGGUUGGCAUUUUUGUCGUCGCCCGCGUCGGUCCAUAUGUUCAUUCCGAAGUUCGCAACGGUGGCCUCCCCGACUGGGUCAUCCACAAAAGUGCCGUCAUUCGCAGCAACGACCCAAUUUACAUGUCCUUUGUGACAUCAUUUUGGACAGAGCUCGCAGAACAGAUUAAAGGUCUUGUUUUCAAGAACGGUGGCCCGAUCAUUGGAGUGCAGCUCGAAAACGAGUAUUCAUUGAAUGGAAGUGGUCAGGGUGCGGCACAUAUAACAACGUUGAAGUCUCUCACCAUUUCCCUCGGCCUUGACGUGCCUUUGUAUACAUGCACCGGCUGGCAGGGCGCGCAUUACCCCCCAUACCAGGUUGUACCAGUCUUUGGGGGCUAUCAAGACCUGCCUUGGGACACUCUCCUGGCUGACGAACCGCCAAGUGAAACCUACUCAUUCCGUUACUUCAGUAAGUGUGUUUGCAAUAACCUCUCAAAUUGUUUUCGAAUAUAUUCAAAAGAAAUGCAUAGCGGCAAUGGUGGAAAUGAGGGGCAUAUCUCCUAUGCGAAACCUAUGUGA